AUUCAGCGGAGCCCACCCGCUCCUGGGAGCAGAGGCCUCCCCACAGGCCCGUGGGGCUGGGAGGUGGCCGCUGGAUUUGCUCACUCUCUCUCUCUCUCUGUCUGAGGUGGACAAGUGGCCGGAGGAGCUGCAGGUAGACCUCCUUUUGCAGAGUCCCAGCCAACUGCAUCCUCUGUUUUGCCAGGCACGCAAUGAGCUCCCGAAGAUGGGGAGAGGCUGGUGCUGCCUCCAGCAAAGCCCCACAAGCUGCGGUGGCGAUUAAUUCCCCACAACCUCCACGGAUCCUGGUGGUAGACAUCCACCCCCCGCAUUGGGCCCACACCUGCCCCAAGCUCUGUGAGGCCCUGGAGAACGUCUUCUCCUUGGCCUGCAGCUUGGCAGGGCCUCCCCGCAUCCCGCUGUUCAGCCUCUACGUAACCCAGAGCCAACAGGAGUGCCUCCUGCCCUUCCUGCCGGUUCGAGGAGGCUUUGCUCGGCUGCAGAGUUGCAUUGCGGAGCUGCAGGCCUUGCCGACGGAAGGGAUGUUCUGGCAGCCCAAGGAGAACACCGUGGCCCAGGCAGUGCAGGAUGGGCUCCAGCAGUUUAAGCAGUAUACUGGGUGUGGAAUGGCUGGGGCCUCCCUGAGCAACAAUGCCACUGAGAUCACUGUUCUCACUAGUCAGUGUGGCCCAGAUGUGGCCAGGCAGCUGGAGACCGGGCUACAGAAUGUUGACCUGGUCCAUCUCCGCCAGCUGCAGGUUGUUGAGAUCUCCAAGGCAAGGUUCCAGGAGCCCCCUGAAGCUGGAGGGGGAGCGGGACAACCUCUCAGCAUCAGCAGUAGUAGCAGUGAGAGUGGCACGGUCUUGGGCACAGACAUUGCCCUCCAGACUGUAGAGAACGACACUGUUGCCCUCGAGAUGCUCUUCAAAGCCUGGUUCCAGGACCACAGCAGCGAUCAAGAACACCUCCACCUCCUCCUGCCUGCCCCCGGGACCCUCAGCUGCCCUGCCACACCUGGGGGCAACCUGGCGUGUGUGAAAUGUGACUUCCAGGAGAGGAUCCUCCACCCCUGGCUCCUUCUUCUGGGUGGCAGACACGGAAGUGCAGAAGAGGCCAGCCGUGGUGCCGUUCAAGGCGGUUUCUGGGCAGCCCCCACCCAGCUCUUGGCCCCACGCAAGCUCAGAGUCCUCAGGGCGCUGAAGGCCACGGGGCUCUGCUCAUCUCUGCUCUUCGGGCCCUCGGUCAUCGUCCUGCCCACAAGCUGCUGGCAGUUGAACUGGGAUGAACUGGAGGCCAACCAGCAGCAUUUUCAAGCUCUCUGCCGCUGCCUGUGGGCCCGUGGAUGGCUGCUACUGGCCAAGUACGAGGAGACCUUGGGAGGACCAGGUCCCGGCUGGAACCCCCUGGACUCCUCCCUCCAGGUCCUCCUGCCGUCCGAGUCGGGCUCGCUGCUGCUCCGCUCGGUGGUGGCCCGAGAGCUCCUCCUGCCCUGCAGCUUUCCCGCGGCCCCUGCGAGCAUCCUCGAUGGCCUGGAGGUGGAGGCAGCUUACAACCCCCUGGGCAUGGCCAGUCACCUGUACCGAGGGCUGAGGCGUGGCCUGGCCCGUCCCCCUGCCUCCCGCCCUCCACGUCCCACAGAACGGCACUUGCCUCGACAGCAAGGCAUUCGGGGUCAUGGAAGCAAGGCCCGGGCCACCGUGGUCCCCCUGCGGAUGGUCAUCUCUCCCACACACACCCCGAGCGAGAGCGUCCUCUCCCUCUUCUCCAGCCCAGAGGAUGAAUUCCAGGAGACUUCCAAGUAGAAAGAAGCUGAGGUGGCCUGGGUGGGGGUCGAUGGGGGCCCCCUGCAGACUCCUCCCCCCCCCUCCCCCUAACUGCCUGAGGUGCAAGCCACGGGACCCCAAGGUCUCCCUCCCUCCCUCCCUCCCUCCCACUCCUGGCCUUCCUCCCUCAAGGGCUCCCUCACCUGCCCCCCAGCAGCGCCAGGCCCAAACGAGGCCAGGGCCUGUUCAGGGUGCCCUCUGCCUUCGCCCCCGCCAGGGUUGACCCGCCCACUCUCCCCUCUAGUGAGGAACAGCCAGCCUCUCUCUCGGUCCAUGUCCACCCACACCUGCACCCCGUGUGCCCUCUGCCAAAGGAAGAGCCCCCUGCGGCACCUCCUUCCCGUCCCCCCCCUCACUACAGACCCCUGGUAUUUCUUGCCCCCCCUUCCCUCAAAGCCCGGACAAAGCAGGCACCACUGCGAGUGGGCUGGCCCAGCGUGCCCCAAGCCUGGCUCCCCAGCCCCCAGGGGCCAAGGUGGGCUGGGAGAGGAGUGGGGGCUGGGAUGGGGGGUGCACAAGCCCUUGCCCUGCUUGGGGUCAGCUCAGAAACUCACUUUGCAUAAUGCCCUGGUCGGCGGACGGCUCCCCUCUCAGCAACAGGAAGGCUGUGGAGGCAAGUAUGGCCCUCCAUGGCUUCCUGAAGGCUGAAAGGGCAACAGCAGCCAAAGCAGGAUCAGGCCCUCCCUCUGCAGCGGCCAAAGGCGGGGAGGUGCUCAGGCCUGGCUGGAGACCCUCUUGUUCUUUCAUGGCCCAGCAUGCCAGAGGGCAGCGCAGGGGUGUGUGGUGGAGGGUUCCUGCAGGGGCCUCGCCCUCCUUGCCGAACGGUGGGAGAGGGGAGGGCAGAGGCGCCGGGCAGCCUCCCUCCGGUGGGAGGAGGAGGAGCGGUAGGAGGCGACAAAGCGCCAGGGAUGAGGCUCUGCCGAAGGGGGCGACCUCUGAGGGCACAGGCACAGAACCCCCAGGACCCAGGCACCGUCCGUCCCACGGAAGGAGCGGCUGGAAGACCACCCGGGGCCGGGGGGCUUCCCAACUUCUUUCCACCUGCGGCUCAUUCGGCCUGCCCCAGAGCCUCCCCGGUGCAAAGGAGUCGCGUGGCCCCUGCCUCUUCUCCUGCGGCACAGGUACCCACCUCUCUGGGGGCAGGGGCGCGACUCAACCCAGGGCCUGGGCGGGGAUAAGGCUUGGCAUGUAGAGAGACCCGCUGGCCAAGCGGGGGUGGGAGGGGUGGUGGAGGGAGGUGGCCGUGAAGGAUGAGAGGCCAUGGAAGGACAGCCCCCCCCCCGUGGCACACUCUUUGGGAACCGCUGCCCCGGGCUGCCAGGAGUGCCCAACAGGGAGGCAAACCGUGUGGCUGACCCUGCUUGUCCAGCCCUGGCCCAGCACCAGACCCUGGCGCCCCACCUCAGCUGGCUGCCCCUGGCAGCUCUCCCACAGUCUGCCAGCUCUCAGGCAGGAGAGGAGGUGCCCCAAAGGGCUGUGGUUUACACACACCCUUGACUCACAAGGAAAAGAGGCUGGCUUUCACCGACCACAGAGACCCCAGCUGGAAGGGAAGGGUGGCACGGCCCCUUUGAGAUGCUGCAGCUGGCAGAGGAUACGGCUGGUGCCCUGCAGGAGCCGGGACGCGUGGAGGGGGGGUGCGUACAUACCAAAAAGCCACAGGCAUCUGUACGGUUUGGUACAAACCUCCACUCCCUGCUCCAGAUCUCAU